UCUCCACACACGGUGUCUCCUACUUAUAAGCUCCUGCAUCGUCCUGUUCUAAGACAAAGUAAUGGCCGGUGCAAAUCAAGUAGUUCCUACUACUACUGGUCCCAGUACCAACACUUCCGCCUGCAAGACCCAGGACAGGGCCAAUCACCGCCACAUGGACUGCCUUGACCCCAAGUCAGCCCUGGUUCCAAGCCUCCCCACCACCCAAGCGCCUGUCAGCAAGUCAAAGGAGCCAGUCCGGCGGCCUCGCGGCCGGCCGGCUGGCUCGAAGAAUAGGCCAAAGCCGCCGAUCGUUAUCGCUAGGGACAUCCCGACCGCGCUCCGCGCCCAUGCCAUGGAGGUGGCCGCGGGGUGCGACAUCUCCGAGUGCAUCGCCGGCUUCGCGCGACAGAGGCGGCGCGGGGUGUGUGUGCUUGGCGGGAGUGGGUGCGUGACCAACGUCGCGCUCCGCCAGCCUCCCACCUCUGCCCCGCCAGGCGCCUUCUUGACGUUCCACGGGCGGUUCGAGAUCCUGUCGCUGCUGGGGUGCUUCUUCCCGCCGCCGGUGCCGCCGGCUGCGGCUGCCGGCCUGACGGUUUACUUGGCGGGAUCACAGGGGCAGGUAGUGGGCGGGGGAGUGGCGGGAGCUCUGAUCGCGGCCGGGCCGGUGGUGGUGAUGGCGGCGUCGUUCGUGACCGCCACCUUCGACCGGCUGCCGCUUUCGGAAGAAGAAGAUAAAGCUGCCAGCGAUCAGUAUCAGCGCCAUCGCCGGGAGCAUGUUGAGAUGGCCAACUUGUACGGUGUGCCGCCGGGAGUGGUGGCUUCUGCUAGCGUGGCGCCGGAGGUUUAUGCAUGGGGACCAGGGCGCCAACUCACAAAGAGUUGACAUGACCAAGAAAUCAAAGCAAAUAGUUCCUGCGUUUGUUCCAUGUCUCAAAAUCUUACAGCCCUUCUCAUAGACGUGUCUAGCGAUGCGCAAGCAGGAAAUUAGAAAAAAAAAAAAACUAAUGAUUACUUUUGCAUGAUAAUUAGUAAUUAUUUCUUCGCUUAGAAUUUGAAACCCCGUACCGUCAUGCUGGUCUAACGGUGGUUUGAAAUUUGAAACCUGGGACUGGCAUGCGGACUUGAUUUAAGGGUGCAAGCAUAAAAUUUAGGGCUCCACCGCCCAACCAAUUAACAUGCCCUACGCUUAUAUCAUUAUUACAGUAAUUCUGUUGUUUGUUCUUGUGAGUCGAUCAUACGUUAAAAGCCCCUAGAUUAUAAUUACUUGUCGAAAUGGUUGGAGUAAUUAUUGAUGGUUAUGGUUAUGAUUAGAUUGUAAUAAGUAAUUAUUUUUAGAUAAUGUAUGUUAAAGGAGCACAAAAUUGGGCUAAAAUUGUUCAAGUUCCCCAUCCAAAGGGGAAAUUGUUGAAAACAUGUAGCAUGAACACCAAUGGGAAUUGGGAACAUUGAGAACAAAAGAUUUUCUCAAACGUUCAUGGCAAUUUGCUCUUCUAAGAACUUAAUAUUUGGCCCUUUUUUUUUGUUUGACUACCAUUUUAUAUUUAGUUAAUAUAUGAUAACAACUUGCAUUUAAUCUCUAUUUAUAAUUAAAUCUAUAUCUUGCAUGCAAUCAGGCUUGUUUCUACCGACAAUUAUCCCUAUUUUGUAUACAUUUAGGGGUAAGCUGGCAUUAAACAUAAAAUAACAU